UUAGUGUCUGUGCUGCGCAAGCGAGCACGGCAGAAGUCUUAGAACUUGUGAUGCAGUGCCAGCAGUAAGUGGGUGAAAAACUCUGGUGGCUUCUGUCCUUGCCCAGUGCUCACCAGGAAUGAACAAAAGCAGGUUCCAGAUCUAAUACUUCAUUGGGAAAGGAUGUGGACUCUCAAAUACUACAACUGUGAGUGCUGUGGGAGUGAUUUUGUCAGCUGCAAGGCUCUGAAGUAUCACUUUCAACAGAAGCAUUUUGGAAAAGUUCACUAUGAAAAAUUUGGCCAAGAAGUCCUGAGGGAGAAGCUCCAAGAUCACAGUAAGUCUUUACAUGACAGGUCAGCCAUGGAGACACAGAAGCUCAAUUGGGAAAAUCUAGAAGAAAGGAAUAUAAAGCAUAUGGCUGCAGAAAUAUCAAAAACCUGCAGGAUGUGUUCUAGGCACUUUGGAACCAUCCUUAGUCGGGAGAAGCAUGAAAUACAAGAACAUCACUUCACAGCCAGAAAAAGAGCCCAAAUGUCUACAGGAUUUUCACCUCAUAAUAUGUUGGAGUGUAAAAGUCCCCAAGAGCUACAGAGAUUUGCAGAUAAAAAUAUCCGCCCUGCCUCUGGUCAUCUGAGCACUGCAUGUGUGGCUGAAAUUGGGGCCCUGUUCAAGCUGAUCCAGGAUUGCUUUCCGGUGCCGGCCUCCCGAGUGAUCCAGGGUGGUUCUUAUAUAAAGGGGACUGACACCCAAGGAUGCUCAGAGAUUGACAUCGUGUUGUUCAGUGAUGUGUUUGCCAAUGUGAACAAUUGCAAAAAACAACUGAGAGAAGCGCUGGAUGCUCUGAGGGAAAACUUAAUGCAAACAUCACGUGGAAACAGGAUCCUAAUGGGAAAGAGAGCACCAUUGUCUUUAAGAUUCAAUUUUUUAUGUACUGAAGGUCUUCACAAUCAUUCUUUUGAGAUCAUGGCCUGCUAUGAUGUCCUGGGGCAUGCACCCUCCACAGAUUUAAAACACCUUUACCGCAAACUGUACCUCUGUAACGACAGUGACUCAGCAGAGCUGUGUGCCUUGGCCCUCUUGCCGUACCAAGUGGAUUUUGUCAAGGCAUCUGUGGUGAGGGUGAAGGAGCUCAUUCGUUUAAUGAUACAUUGGUUCAAGACAUCAUUUGCCAAGUCCACCGAGGAAAAUAAAUUCCGCAGACUUCCCUCCUCUUACACAGUGGAGCUCCUUACAAUUCACAUCUGGGAACUGGCAGGAAAGCCGCUGUUGUUCAGCCUGGUGCAGGGAAUGAGGGCAGUCCUCAAACUUCUGGUUCGAUACACAGAAAUUGAUGUCGUUUGGCACAGACACUACCAUCCCAAGUUCCCCAUUUUUGUAAAGGUUAACCAGAAACACACCAGGCCAUUCAUUUUAGACCCCGUAAAUCCUACUGUCAACGUAUGUGACACCUGCAAUGCCUGGGACGAGGUUGCCCUGGUGGCGAGGCAUAGCCUAUUGAAGCCUCUUUUCAGCAGAGUAAGAGCUGAGCCCCCUUGGCUUUUCACAAACAACUGGUAAACUGGACAAGGAGCUACUCUCCUCAGAUUUUUUUUUUUUAAUUUUUAAAAUGUUUUUUAUUUUAUUUUUGAGACAGAGGCAGAGACAGAGUGUGAACAGGAAAGAGAGGGAGACAGAAUCUGAAGCAGGCUCCAGGCUCUGAGCUGGAAGCACAAAGCCAGAUGCAGGGCUCGAACCCAUGAAUCGUGAGAUCAAGACCUGAGCUGAAGUUGGAUGUUCAACUGAGUGAGCCAUCCAGGCACCCCUGUCCUAGAUUUCUAUGAAGAAAAUAUAAAGGACACAAAGCACAUUCCCAGUGAGAGUGCUCUGGACGAAAGGCAGCAGGAAGAAAGCUUGUCUUAUUCUAAUUCACCAUAUUAGUGACCCAAUCUUUAAUCAACAUACUGAUGUAAGUCAUCAUUUAAGAUAAAAGGAUCUAUUUCAACCUUUAGGAGAAAUGAAACAUCCUCCCCCAUGUUUUGGAUUUGUUUCUUUGGUGGUCUCAUGACCAAAAAACAUUAAAACAAAAUCUAAGUAGCCACAGUGAAUAAAUAAAACUCCCAGGUCAUUUGAGAGACAAUUAUCUGAAAGGGUAAAAUAACUCCCAUUUUUUAGUUUUAAUUCACUAUCAUUUCAGGUUGACUUUUCAAUUCCCCUGGUAACCUAGUAUUUCAUUGGGUCACCUGUGUUUUCAAAAUUUCCCUAUGAAAACCUGCUUGCAUUAAGUAUGGUGUAUUCGCUUCCAGACAUAAACUUACAAAUGAAUACAUGGGAAGAUGGAAAUAUCUGGAAAAAACACAGUGGAUUGCCUCAAAAUAAACUGUUCCCAAAUCAUUUUAUGACUGCCUAUGUCACGACUCAGGGGUCAGAGUGGAGCCAUUCUUAAGGUUUCAAGGUGCUUAGCCAUAAGCAAGGAUAAAUAAAAUACUCGGGCUAUUGAACUGUCCAGUUCUGCAACAACUGUUUUCAAUUGGUGGUAUCAGCUGUUUUCCUUUCUAUUAAGUAGCGUUAGCGGCCACUGAUAAUGAAAGCCAGAGCCCACCAGAAAUAGACCAGAGGAAAUUUCCUGACUCACUUGCAUAGCAACAAUUCAUCAGCAUGGAAGAUGUAUGAAGUGUGACUUCAGAUUAAUGCGAGUGAUAAGGCUUAUCCACAUGACAGAACUCUUACAUAUAAAUGAGCACUGGCCCCUUCAGGCGAGUCCUCAGAGAACUUGUAUGCUUAUAUUCCAGUGAUGUGAUUGGUCUGGAAACACUUUUGGACUUCCCCUCAGGGGAGAAUGUUCUUUUGAACAUCCUUAAUGGUGACAAAAUUUGUCCUUUGAGGGUGGAUUUGAUUUUUGGAAAUGGUACAAUGUAUUCAUAGUGGACAUCUGUUGUUUUCAUCUACCCAGAAUCCUCUUACCCAAUUACAGGUUGAAGAAACUGCAUUUGUUCUAUUGUUCACUCUGUCUCUGAAGACUCUCAAGGAGAAAUAUUUUUAAAAUGUCUUAGGAGGUGCACUUCGGUGGCUUAGUCGGUUAAGCCUCUGACUCUUGGUUUCAGCUGAGGUCAUGAUCUCGUGGUUUGUGAGUGUAAGCCCUGCCUGGGACUCCACGCUGACAGCGCAGAGCCUGCUUAGGAUUCUCUUUCUCCCUCUCUCUCUGCCCUCCCCUACUCAUCCUCUCUGUCUCUCUUGAAAUAAAUAAAUACAUUUUAAAAAAAUAAAUAAAUAAAUAAAAUGUCUUGGGAAAUGUC